UUUCGGCAUUGUAUUAGUUUGCAGUGCAGAGUGCAAUCGUGUAGUGUAUUUAUUCCGUUCACAUUCGGUUGUAUAGUCUUCAGCGAGAAAAUCUCUGUGUGUUUUUUUUCUGUUGGUCGUUGUUGUGUUCCUUCUCUAUAUAUUCAUCCUCUCCGUGUAAAGCAUCAGAGCAUCAGACAUUGAACGUUCGCUUCAGCAUCAAUAGUAUUUUCGUCGCCUUUCCAAUCAUCAAUCUGAGCAGCAGCGCUUAGGCAUCAUCUCAUCCGUUCAGUUGAGUUUGUUUGGCGAAUUGUGUAGUACAUCAAGUUCCAACACAUCAUUCGAGAUAAAAUUUCACAGCACAUUUUUUUGCGUGCGAUUUAAUAGAUUUCUUUCGAUCAGAGAUAAAUCAGUGGAAAAGAAAAAUAUCAUCAUCGCGAAUUCACUAAUUACAAUAAUUCGAAUAUCUAAACGCCAGUGAAUUAAAAUAAGCAGCAGCAACAUUCCGACUUUGCACGAAACGCCUGAAAUCAUCAUCUUAACACGAAAACACGCAGUAAAUACAAACGAGCACAAAUCCAUAACAUUGAGAGUUUUCAACUGCAGUCUCGAAUAACAAAGAAUACAGAGCGAGAAAUAGAAAUAUAUUUUUUUCCAUUUAGAAAAAAAAAACAUCCAGAACAGCGCACGAAAAGCAUUAAUAAAAAGUGAUAAUACACGCGUAUUGUUGUUUCCUAAAAAGUACUAGGUUGCAUCACAAAAUAAUACACAAAAAAAAAGAAGAAAAUCAAACAGCAAAGUCUAAAAAAAAACUGUUAAAGUGUUUCUGUUACAUUCGUUCUUCAGCGUAUAAAACAGCACAUAAAGAAAGGAAAGGCACAAUAACAACUCGCAUUAUCAAAAUAAAAAAAAACCUAUACGAACAGUCGAAGUUGCAUAUACACUCAUAAUUCAACAUUAAUCGCUUCCACUGACCACACGAUUCGACUUGUGUAUAGAAUUUCUCUGAGACGAAAAGUGUUAGAGAUUAAAUAAAGUAACAAAGUAAAUACGAAACAACAAUCGCAAAAAAAUACGAAGAAGAAGAAGAAGAAGACGUAGGAAUAAAAUAAAAAACAACAGCAUCAAUAAAUUCACUCGUCUUUUUAAACCGAUAAAGACUUAUACAACAAUCUCUCGACUGCGACUCACAACGUUAUACGAGAAUCAAACGAACAAAAACCAACAAACAUGAAGAACUUCCUGUUAAUAUCGAUUUUGGUCAUGACUGUAAUGUCAUUCCUUCCCCAAACCACGCACGGUUCGACAACAACGGAGGUCGAAGAACAACCGCGUGCCUUACCGCUUAAAGCUCAACUCGUAGCCGAAGAGACUUGGCAAGAGGAUGAUCAUGAUGUAUUAAUCCGCAUCGUACGUGGUGCGAAAAAUAACAAUGGCGCCAACAAUGGAUCUGGCUCUGGUAAGAAGGAGAAAAACAAAAGAGUUAAUAAUAGAAAAAAGUCCGAUGAGAAAGUCGAGAAAAAAGCUCCAUCCUGUCGAUAUGAAAAAAGCCAAUGGACUGAAUGUAAUGCAGAAACCAAUGUCAGAACACGAACCUUAUCGCUGAAAAAGGGUGACGAAGGUUGUAUACCAACAAGAACGAUUCAAAAGAAAUGCAAAAAAGCUUGCCGUUACGAUAAGGGUGAAUGGUCAAAAUGCGUGAAUGGAUCCAUGUCGCGAAAAGAUAAUGUACGUGCUGGCAGCGAUGCGUCUUGCAAACCAACCCGCGACAUCACCAAAAACUGUAACAAGGACAAAAAACAGAAAAAACAAGACAAAAAUGGACGAAAGAGCCAUGCUUAAGCGCUCGGCAACAGCCACACCAUUGAAUCAACAAUUCAAUCGUCACAAACAAAAAAUGAAAAUUCAACAACAACAACAACAAGAACAAAAAAAUCAACUCGACAUUGGAGAAUAAUCCACAAAAAUUAUAUUCCGUAAAUAAUCCGUUUCAGUUUUCAAGAAACACCAGCAAUUUUACAUAAUAGGUAUUGAUUAAAUCGCGCGACAAAAUUGCAGAUAAAAAUAAAAUACAACAACAACCAACUACAGCAACAAGAAUACUACGAUGAAAAAUUGCAUUCAGCAAUUGUUUUUAAAUAAAGCUUCCGUAACACUAACUAGCCAAGUAUAAUCGAACUAUCGCACCCUCCUUCAAAAGAGUUCAGUUUUUUUUUUGUAUGGGCAAUACCCCAUUGAUUGAUCACACACAUAUUGAUCUUUUUUUUUCGAAGCAGAUUUUUUUUCCAUUAUUGGAGGCGUCUGUUGAAAAAAAAAACAAAAGUGAAUAAAAAAAAUACAAUAAAUUUUUGUAGAUUCAGACACUGAAUUACAAUUUGAACAAAUUAUUUGGGUUGUUUUUAUAUAUAUGUAUACAUAUGAAAAAAAAUGAAAUGAUUGUAAUCCGUUCUCCCCCCCAUUCGUUUGGCGUUUCAGUUGGCAUAUUUCCCAAAAAAUUGUGUGUAAAUUGUUUUAAAGCUGAAACAAAACGUAAAAUAAAGAAAAAAAUCGUGAAAUCUUCAAAAGUAAACAGAAAAAAUUUUAACAUUCACUCAUAGAAAUGGAAAAUGCACGUAAAAUUAGUUUCAAUCACCACACACACACACAUAUAGGCAACUCAUUUACAAGAACAACAACAAAAGCAGUAAAUUUAUCGAAAUAUCCUUUAAUGCCAAACUAAUCAAAUCAAAUAACAAUGAUAAAACAAUGAAUCAUCAGCCAAUUCCAAUUUGUAGAAAUGACGUUCGAAAAACACAAAAUAAUAAUAUAAAUCAUCGUUUCAGUUGAUCAUAAUGAGAAAUUAUUCGAUGCGAUUAUCUAAAAAAAAAAAGACCGAAAGAACGAAAGGAACAGUAAACAACAAAUUAAAGAAGAAGAAACAAUUCACGACACAAAACAAAGAAGUAAUAAAUGUUUGAUGAUGAGUCAGUUAAUUUCGGUGACAUGAUCAUCAUUUUCAUUCUCUUUUCAGUUUUUUUUAGUAUAAACUAAUUAAACGUUGAAGUUUAAACAAAACAGAAGAAAAAACCUACAAUAAAUAAAAUGAAAUGGCAAAAAAAAAUACUAAUUAAGAUUAAAUAUGUAUGAGUAAGCAUACAAUUUUAUCCAAUAGUUUAGAUUAUAUUACUAUAUUAAAAGGAUAAAUACAUUGCAUAUUACCCGACACAAAAAGAAAACGGAAUUAUUCCAACCAUUCACAAUGACAACACAUCAAAAAAAGAAAAAAAAAAGAAUUCCUCCUCCUCCUCCUCUUCACUAUCUCACAUCUCUCGUAUAUACAUAUUGAAAAAACAAAAGAAAUCAAAUAUUUGGACGCAGCGAAUUUUCGAAAUAGAAAAAUAAAAUCCAAAUAAGCAAACACGGUCAAUGAAAAGAUACCCAACUUUUAUUCGAUUUAUCGUUCUUCCAUUGUUUGAUUUUUUUAUCAUCUUCUGCACGCAAAUUCCAAUAAUGGAUACGAUAUAAUGAAGAAAGAAAAAAUUAAAAUAAAAUAAACCACAUCCUUUAUGCCUAAUGUAAUUUUUGUCAAGGUUAAUGAUAGUUACUAGUGGGUCCCAUCCUCAUAUGGAACACUUGGUUUUGGUUUCUAAUCCAUCGACAUGAAUCAACACAAUAUUACAUAAAUCUAAUGCAAUGAACACCAUUCUUUGUUUUUAAUAUUAUCUGUAUUCCUCCUAUUUUUUUUGUGUAAAAUCUUGAAUGUUUUCAAUUGAUUAAAUAAUUGUAUAACAGUAAGAUAAAUCCAAUAGUAAUGGCAAAUAACAAUAACAACACAAUCUGUUUCAUACUUUUGUUUUAUUGUUUCCCAACAACGAAAUGAAGCAAAUCAACACGUUAGUUCUGACCCAGUAUCAAAAUGAAACAGAAAGAGAAACAAAAGACAAAAAAAUAUCCACGGUUUUGCGAAUAGAGACACACACACACACACCCACACCAUACUUAGACAUUAAACAAACAAGCAUCAUCAACAUUUAAUUUAUAACGCAUAAAUUAGUGCAUACCGUUGUUAUAUAUUAUAAAACUUGUGUCCAUCAAAACAUAACAUAUGAAAAGAGCAACACCGCAUAUGUGUGUGCGUGUAUGCAGAAUUUCAAUACUAUUUUCAUAUAUCUCUAAGCGAUAGCUCAUACCGAAUUACAUUAAAUUCCGAAACAUAUUUGAAAAUGAUGAAAAUGAAAACACACACCACCACAAAUCAUAGAUGAAAAAAAAAAACAAACGAACGAACACUUUUGCGCUCCUCUAUUCCAAAUGGCCAUACAACCAAUAAUUCACAUUCAACCGAAUCUCAUCGAUCAAUCGGCAACAUUAUUAUCAUUGCCCAAAAUUAUGUGGCACCUUUAAACGAGCAUACCAUUUUCCAUUAAAUUACUCCUCGGGGGAUUAGGCUCACAAUUCAAUUUAAACUAAUUGAGAAGCUAUUCGAACAAGCGCUUAUCGAACACGCCGAUUAUUCAACGCGUUUAGCUAACAUGCAUUGCGAUUGAGGUAACGAUUGUGAAUUCCACACAAAUGUGUGGAUGGUCGAAAUAUACCACACGACUCCCAAUUUCGUUUCGAAUGUUGAACUCUAUUUUCAUUUUAUACAUAGGAAAAAUAUCAGCAGAAUGGGAAACUAAAUCAAUUAAUCACAUCAAUCAUCAAUUACAGCAAAUAGACAUUGCAAAAGUAAAUCGAUUAUUUUAUGGAAAUAACAACACAAACAGAAUACGCAAAAAAAACAGAAUUAGCAUGGGAGUAAAUUUUAAAAAGAAUUAUUCGUAAACCAUAAGAGUUCUUCCCCCCUUCCUCCUUGAUGAAAAGAAAAGGCCAACAUAAUUUCCUUCAAAUUUUUUCAUGUGUGUGUGUGAGAGAGACAUACAUUUUGUCUUCAGUGUAAAACUUAACGUUCAUUCUGUCUUAAUUAAUUACAAAUUUAAUAAAAUUUAAGAGGAAAAAUCAAAAUAAAAUUGAUAAAAACAACAAAAAAAA